CUUUUUUGGCAGCUUUACGAAUUGUCAAAGAGUUCUCGAUUGUAGAAAAAUAAACAAGAAAUCAACAAAAAGGUUUUUCGUACGAGAGCAAAAUGGUUGGAUUAAACAUGGCUGGACCUGCCAGAGAUCGUGUAAUGAAACUGAUGCAAGAUAAAGAUAAAAUAGAGAAUGAAAUUCGAGAUCAAACUGCUAUAUUGGAAACCAAUAAUGUUGGCAUGCACGAUUCUUUAGUGGAUUCCGAGGGCUACCCUCGAAACGACAUCGAUGUUUAUAAGGUCAGGCAUGCAAGACAUCGUAUUAUUUGCCUCCAAAAUGAUCAUAAGAACAUUAUGAAAUUGAUUGAAAGAGGUUUGGCAGAAGUUCAUAAAGAACUUCUUUGUUCUAAUGGGGAAGGACCAUCGGUGAAUGCUGCCGCUACCAGCAAUGGAUAUACUAAUGGAGCCAGUGCUGGAGAUACUGUUCCUCGCCCUGUUGCUGAAGAUGACCAAGCCUUUGCUGUAAUCGGUUUUGUUACUGCAGGAUCACCGGCAGAUCUUGCUGGAUUACAAGAGCGUGAUGAGGUCCUCCAAUUCGGAUCAGUGAAUUACCAUAACUUUGAAGACAUGUCACAGAUCAAUACGAUAGUGUCUCACUCGGUCGGUCAACAAGUGAAUGUCAAGGUGAAGAGAGACCAGAAUGUCAUUAACAUAUCCGUAGUGCCACGACCAUGGCAACAACCUGGAUUACUUGGUUGCCACAUACAAAGAAUAUCAUAAAUCUACUUUGUUUUUUAAUAUUUAGGUGUUAUUAUUGGCUGUAUACAAAGCGAAUAGUGGCAGACAGAUAACAACCGCAGCGCACAACACGGUAGAAAUUGGAAACAAAUGCGGAUGAUCAGCUGUCGGUUUUUAUUAUUAUAUUCAUUUAAAAGUAAAACUAUUGAAUAAAUUGCACUUAAAUAUUGUCAACGAUACUAUUUUAAUCUUUGGUUUUAUUUAUAUUUGCAAAAAAAA